AUAAACCGAUAGCGAAUUUUUUUUUUUUUUUUUUGUUCGAGUGCAGUGAGCCGAGCUUUUGAUAAGGUCGACGUUAUAUUUUAUCGACAUCAUAAUACGUAUAAUAAAACACGGUCGUCGUCGUCGUCGUUCUUAUUAUUAUCAUUAUUAUACGAUUUAUUUGUUUUUUGGUUUUUUUUUUUUUUAUUUUCCAAUCAAUUAUAACGCGGAUCGAUCGUGCUCUGUUCGAAGAUUAUCACGUUUAAACUAUUAAACUUUUUCGACAAAACUCGGCGGCGUUCGUUCUUUGAAUCGUUCGUUUUCGUUUUCGUUUUUUUUUUUGGCCCAAACGUGCGUUUUCGACACUUUGUUCGUUAUUAAUUGCCGACCGGUCGUGCGUAAUUUAUUGACGUGUGCGGGAGUGAGUGAUAAUCGCGGGGGCGAUCCGUGUGCACAUGAUCAUGGUUUGGCGCGCGUCUGGCGGUGGCUGAUACGAAAUGAUCGACAUGCAGAUGAUCGACAGGCUGGCGCAAGACGACAAACAAGACGGGCGGCAGCAAUCUGAUGGACAGCUCUAUUGUCAACACGUCAGGACCUGUGCCACCACUGGACAUCAUAAAGCCAAAUGUGCGACUCAAGAUUUGUUCGAAUUACUCGAAAGAGUUCAGAGUAAUCGAUUGGAUGACCAGAGAUGUGUUCUACCACCGUACUUCGCUCAGACAUCUAGAGAUGAGCGGACGACUAUUGUACCGACGCCGGAAGCGGCUGGAAAUGGAUCCCGUGAACUCUUAGAGGAGACAUUGAAAGGUCCUAAACCAUAUCCCAACAUCGUUUUACCGACCGGCGGUGGUUUUUGGAUUGAUGGCCAGGAUCAAAACGAAUACGAGCCUGCUGCUACCUCCGGUGGAACCUGUACGUGGAAUAAUAAAAUCGAAACCGAUGACACAGCCAAAGCCUAUCGCAGAUACUACAUGGGAAGGGAACACUUUAACUUCGUCGGAACGGACGAUCAACUGGGUCCGGUACUGUUGAGCGUGAAAACCGAAAGCGUGGCUUCCCAAGAGCAAACGAGACUUUUGCUGCGGCUGCGGACUGGCACCACGCACGAACUGGUGCCUUCAUCAUGCGCCACUUCAGCUCCCCACCACAUGGCCAGGCUGUUGAACGAUCAGCUAUCAGUUACCAAUAUGUCACCCGUUUUGAGUUGUAAAACAUCUCAACUAAUUGCCGCAUAUGAUGAACAUGUUCUUGUGUCGCACUUCAAAUUUGGUGUAUUGUAUCAAAAGCACGGCCAAACUAGCGAGGAAGAAUUAUUUUCCAAUCAACAUACUUCGCCCGCGUUCGAUCAGUUCCUCCAAUUACUUGGCCAGCGGAUACAACUAAAAGACCAUAAAGGGUAUCGAGGAGGCUUAGACACGCAGUUUGGUCAAACUGGCGACGAAGCCGUUUAUCAAGUGUUCAAAGACAGAGAGAUCAUUUUCCACGUAUCUUCUUUGCUUCCGUACACCGAUAAUGAUCCUCAGCAAUUGCAAAGGAAAAGGCAUAUCGGUAAUGACAUCGUGGCAAUUGUUUUUCAAGAAUCCAACACCCCGUUCACCCCAGACAUGAUAGCGUCACAUUUCCUACACGCCUACAUCGUCGUCCAAGUGAUCGAGCCCAACACUCCCAACGUUAGGUAUAAGGUCAGUGUGACCGCCCGAGACGACGUGCCUUUCUUCGGACCGACGUUGCCCAAUCCAGCCGUGUUCAGACACGGUCCAGAUUUCAAACAGUUCCUUCUCACCAAGCUUGUAAACGCAGAAAACGCCUGUUACAAGGCCCACAAAUUCGCCAAGUUGGAGUUGAGAACCCGAACGUCUUUGUUGCACUCGCUGUGUGAGGAGCUGAAAGACAAGACCAAAGACUUUCUGGGACACAACGAAGGUGGCAGUGGAGGCACCAGUGCCGGGACGGGUGGCGCGAGUGGCGGCCUGGGCUCUGAGCUGACCAAGUCGUCGGCGGCCUCAUCGUCGUCGUCGUCGGAAUGCGGCAAUGGUACCAUCUCAGGAGCAGGCAGCCGGUUCAUAGACACUGUACGCAAAGCGCUCAUAGCCCGAGUCAAGACGCAAACAUUGUCUAACGUCGAGGCGAACAACAACAUUUCGGGCGGCCUAUCCAAGAAAACCAGCAGUUGUUCGGCAGACGGGUCCAUACCGAGCUUUGGUAGAUCGUUGUCGAAGAACAGCAAAAAGAGUUCGCCCUCAUCGCCCAUAUCCAGUCCGGACAUCCAUCCGGUGCACAGGACUUCCAGUGGAGCUAGCCGCGUGGCCAUGUCGGAAAGCGAUUCGUCGUCGUUGAACAGCGUGGAGCUCGACGGACUGGGCAUGGCAGGGGCCGUGGACAGCGACACCGGUCUGGAAAGCAUGUCGUCGGCCGAAACGCCUAGCGGUAAACCUUGCGGUAUGUGCUGCUGUGACGCACCGAACAACGAAUCUCGGGUAGAAGGUCUCCGACAAGACAUAACCAGGUUAAAGUGCGACAAAUUAGAGCUGUUAAGACAGAACGUGAGUUGUCAACACGAAAUAAAGAGACUGCGAGAGAAAGAACUGGUAUUGCAGUCGGAACUCACGUCCGCGUCCAAGGAAAUUCUCAGGUUGAGGGAACUGUUGAAAAACUACACCACCAACCCCAAUCCGUCGACUGUUUGAAUAUAGGAUACUUACUGAUUUGCGACAAAGUUAGAUAAAACCGUCAUUUGUCGUUCACUCGCACUGUCACAAUAUCAUUCAACGUCUACAGCGAAUAUUUCUUCUGGGACAACCGUCUACCGGCGAAUAACAAUAUUCCGUCUUACAAGGUGGAAAUAAUAUAGCGUAACGCGAUACCAAAGUAUUACAUUAUAAUAUAAUUAUAAUUUUCAAAACGAUUUGAAUUUAUCGUUAUAAAUUUAUGUUGAAUUGUAUUUACCUACUAAAAUUAGCGUUAAUAAUGUAAAUCCAUUAUUAUAUUUAUUUUUAAUUGUGCUUGUAAUCUUUAAGAGAAAACAAUAAUAUUGUAUAAAGCAUAUACCAAAGUAUUAAUAUUUGACGUUUUAAUAAUAUUAUUUGACACUUGAUUCCGUGAGACAACGUUAAUUCGUUGUGUCAAAAUAGUAUCGUGUAUGACGUAAUCACACAAUUUUAUGUUAAUUUAUUUAAUUGGUUGAUAAUUUAUUGACUGUAAAAUUCAUCCUAUACGUCACGAAAAUUGUAAAUACAAUUAUUAUUACAUAGUUUUAAGUCUUAAGGGUUUUUUUUUAAGUGUGUAGUAGUAAAAAAACUUAACAAAAUUUUACCAUUUACGUGUCGGUACAAAUAAAUUUGAGCGUAUAUUAUAAUACAUAAUAUUAUAUUAUACUUUUAUUUAUUCCAUUUUUAUUUUUGAAUCAUAUAGAAAUUACCACCGUAAUAAUACCUAACCCAUGUAUGAAUUAUACAUUUUACUAUUAAUAUUUAUAAAUUUUUUUUUUUAAGUUUUUUUUUAAUUAUUCAAUUGUUUGAUAUAUAUAUAUAUAUAUAUUAUAUGUUUAUUUCUAUGAAGUAAAUGUCCUAUGUGUACUCAUUAUCUCAUUAUUUAAAUAAAGCUGCAGAAGUGCAUGUAUUUAUAUAGUAAUAAGAAACUAAUAUUAUAUCAAUGAUAUAAUACUUGUAUCUAUUAAACUUUUUGUAAAGUCUAUCGUGUUUUUGUCAAAAAUUUAUCGGGAAGAGGAAAAAUAAAAAUAAAAAAAGUUUAGUUAAUAUUAUAUUGUUGAUUAUAAAUUAUAAUAGACUAUAAUAGUAUUAUUAUGGUUAUUUUAACAGUAUUAAUUCAUAGAUAUAAUAGUAGUCUAAUUUUAAAAAAAUACGCACCUAACAUUUUAAUAUUAUAAUACUCAUGUAUACUUACAUAUAAAAUGUGAUUUUGUGACGCACAAAUGUUUGUUCUUCAGAAAAAAAAAUGUUAUUGGAAGAAAUGUAUGUCAAUUUAUAUUAUUAUUUCUAAUUGUAUAAUUUUUAAAUAUCUAAAAUUGUGAAUGUUUAUAUAAAAACUCAUAAGUUCAAGUAGGUACACACAUAUACACAGAAAACUUGUGUCCGUUCUGUUUAAAAAUCUGGCACACCAAUUAUAUUUUUAAUUUAGCCUAUAUAUGACUAUAUGAGUGUAUUAUGUUUUGUUAUUAUUAUUAUUAUUAUUAUUAUUAAUGCAAUAAAUGUUAAUUUUUA